AUGGCUGGCACGGGACACCCGAUGUCCAUGUCCAUGCCCAACCGCGCCAUGUCCAUGCUGCCAAACCCAUUUUCGAGUUUCAGUCGGCAGCAUCGUCAAGCUGAUGACAAGACUUUCAACCUGUGCGAACACCUCGAAACGCAGCCAAUUGACCCCCAGGCCACCUCGCCCUUCUACAAUGGCCGGAUCCCCGCCGAAAUCCGGACCCUGAUAUUCCAGUACGCACUUACAGGAUCCCCCGCACCGCACGCCAAGCAGUUCACCCACGAUCCACAUGUCCGUUAUGAUCACGAACCCGUGCCUGUCCUGGACGACCUCCUCCCCAUUUCCCAGCCCUUCCGGAAGACCAGCUACCUCGUCACUGAGCGGGGCUUCCACAAUGACGAAUGCCGGCAGGUCGGCGAGGGCUUCGACUGGCUGCGGCCUGACAACACGCGGCCCGUGGUGGACCACUACAAUCUCCUCCUCACCUGCCGCCGGGUGUACCUCGAGACGCACAGCCUGCCGCUGCAGCAGAAGGAGUUUGUCUUCUACUGCAUCCGCGGCAACGACCCAGACGCCGCGUACUACACCGGCGAUCCGCAGUCCUAUCUCGCCCAGCGGCUGAGCAGGCCCGCUCCCGGGAUCCUCCCCGGAGGACAGCCCGGAGAGCCGAGAAAGCAGCAGCGGGACUUGUACCCGCGCCAAGUGAGGCUGUUGACCCAGCAGUACUGGCUCGAGGACACGCAUCACUAUCUCCAGAAUUCCACCUCGUGGCACCGGUACCCUUACUUCAUGGCUGACGACGCGGGAAUGAGCAACAGCAAGAUGUGGUGGGCGCCCCUGCGGCACCUGCGCAUCACGCUGCGCCGGUCAGACUGGUGGGACUGGGAGCGCAACCGCGCCCUCAAGAUCAGCCCUUACCGGCGGAGCGUGCGUGACCAGGCACAGAUGGCGUUGGACAUGGGCAGGACGAUGGCAUGGAGUGAGAUGAUGGCAGAGAGGCGGAGGAAGCGCGCCGUUGGUGAGGUUGCCCAGCCGGACGACUCCUGUGCUGGAGUCCAGGAGGACCAGCUCGGCUUAUUCGAGCCGGACUCUUGGGGCUUGGCGUUCCGCGAGAUGACGAAUCUCAGAACGCUCACCAUUGACUUUGAGACGGCGGAAGACAAGAAGGGCGAGAUGGACAAGAUUGUCGAGUGGGCUGUCAUGUGGCGUUUCCCCCUGGCACCAGGUCAUAAGCCAUCAGAGCUGAGCACUGCUACUGCUGAAGGGGGCAAAGACGCUGGGGAUACAGGUGAACAGUACAAGAGAUAUCUCUGUGCUGGAGGUCGUCCGGUCGAGAAGAUGAGCUGGAGAGGCAACAAGGCAUACUGGAGCAUGCGCUGUACGACUUGCCCCAAGGGCCAGCGCGAGGCAAAUGCGGCUUGCCCUGGUUGCCGUGAGAGGCAGAGGCUCACGGACAAUGGCCUAGGCCCGCGCCUAUAUGUUUGGACGGUCAAGUGGACCGCCAUGAGGGCGGAUGAGUGA